CUCACGCUUGUUGUUUUUUGGCUUCGAUAGCGAGCAUUUCAGGUUUGAGUCACAACUCCAGUGCACUGGCUCGUCAGGACGUCUCAGGACUUACGUUGCGAGCGGCCUCCUAGGCAUCCACGAACAAGGGUACCAACCAAGCUCCACCUUGCGCCACUUUCCGCCCACUCUGACUUGCCAGCGCCUAAUUUCGAUAGAUACUAGAACUAAUAACUUCAGUGUGCUAGGUCAAGAUGGCAAGGAUCACGCUGUAUGUCAGAAAUCUGGCUGUGGACGGAGUCUGCCCCGCAUUGACUUGCAAGCCAUGUUAUCAGCCCGGGGGCGUCAGUAUGCAGCCUUGGAUUUGGCGGCUGGUUAUACCAAAGUUCGUGGCCCUUUGUACAACAAAGACACGCAUCCAGAUGGCCUAGUUUCUUUUAAAAACGCCGAAAAUUUUCUCAUGCAUGAUGAAGCGCUUGACUAUAUCAAGACAAAGUGCAUACCAUCUCUCGAGCCAGAAUCUUUGACGUAUCAUGAUGGCCCAUUCGGUUCUAAGCGUCUGAGGGCCGCCAUGGCUUCCUUUAUCAACAAGCGCUUUUCACCGGCCUCAACCGUAGCCAUUGAGCAUGUUUCAUUUGUCAGUGGUGUGACGGCAUUGAAUGACAUACUGUCACUGUGCAUGACCGAUGGGGAGAAUGAUGCUUUGCUCCUAGGCAUGCCGAUCUAUGGAUCCUUCGUUCCCGAUCUGCAGAGCAUGUCAAGUUGCAAGCUGGUUUAUGCCUCGUUUGGAGAUGUGGAUCAGUUCGGUGUCAAUUCAGUCGAGUGUUAUGAGCGUACUCUGCUACAAGCCGAGCAGAGUGGUAUCAAAGUGCGAGCGCUUGUUUUGGCCAACCCGCACAAUCCUCUUGGGCAAUGUUAUUCCCUAGAUGCGUUGAAGGCAAUCUUGAGCUUCUGUAACAAGUACAAGAUACACCUUAUUAGUGAUGAGAUCUACGCCUACUCUGUAUAUCACACAGAUGCCUCGAGCCCAGGCUUCACAUCUAUACUCUCGCUAGACACGGCCGGUUUCAUCGACAAUGACCUCGUUCACGUAAUGUACGGAAUGGCAAAGGACUUUGCUGCUGCCGGCCUGAGAUUGGGAUGCUUGAUCACCAGGAACACUGAGCUAGGACAGGCUUUACAGUCUCUAUCACGAUUUCACGGCGCAUCACCAAUGGCCGACGCGAUCGCUACAUGCAUACUCGAGGAUGAGGAGUGGCAUCUGCAAUUCUUCAACAAGAGUGCGCAUAUUUUGCGAGAACACCGAAAAAUUGCUGCAGAAGCAUUUGAUAGUGCUGGUAUUCCAUAUGAGAGGAAAGCCCCGACAUGGGAGGCUGAAGACGACCUCAAGGAUAGGCUCUACGAUUUUGGUAUGGAAAUGGCAGCUGCGCGCGGAUAUCACGGGGAAAUGCCAGGGCACUUUAGAUUCCUAUUUUCAGUGGAUAAAGAUACCGUAGAAGAAGCAGCAAGGAGGAUUGUCGAGUUCUACAAGAAUAAUAAAGUGGGCCGCAUAGACAUGCCGCCCAUACUUGCGCGAAAGCGCUUGCACUCUACCUCGCCCGUCCCAGAAUCGCCACCAAAACGUGCCCGUACUACCCGCAAACCCUCAGCGCCCGCUCGCACAGGCAAAGUGUCCGUCUUCCAGACUUUGGAUGCGCCACCAAAGACCAAGCGCACACUUUUGCAAACUAAGGCUCUAUUGGAAGAAGAAGAAGAAGAAGAAGACGGCGACGGUGAAUCAUCGGAGCCAGAGAGCACCGAAGAUGAAUUUGAGGAUGUACCGUUGAAUGGGGCAACCAAGGACAAAGGCAAGCCUAAGGCACGGCCAGAUGAAGACAGCGACGAAAGUGAAGAUGGUGACUGGGAAGAUGCGCUUGGUACGCAUCAUCACACAAAGCCAGACCAUGGGCCUGCGCCCGUCAUCACUGGAGAUAUUGCGUUGACGCUGUCUGCAGCGCCUAAAACCGUAUUCGAAACCAAGCCAGAUGGGAAAAAGGGCCCCUCAAAGGUUCAGAGACAGAUACGGACCGUGACUCAUUGUAUGCAUGUACAAUUCUUGAUGUUUCACAACCUGAUAAGAAACGCAUGGAUCCAGGACAAGGAGGUUCAAAAGACUCUGGUUCAAGCCAUGUCCCCUGGGUGUUGGCGUGAACUAGAGAAGUACUGGAACGACGCAGGAAUUCGAGAUGGAUCCAGCCGGGUAGUGGUGCAGAAACCACCCAGUCCAAAAAAGAAAGAGCCAAAAGCUUCCAAAGGAAAAUGGAAAGAGAGUGGCAAGGCGGGUGUCAAGGUGUACGAGAGCCCGCAAAAGCGAAUAGAUGUUCGCAAUAAAGCUAAGGGCAAGGGAGAGAAGCCUUCCGAACGUGACAAGAAGACACGCGACUGGGGCGCAGCAGCCGAACCUCUCGAGCCUAACUCUCCGAACCUGUCCGCUGGUGACCCUUUGAUCAGGCUUCUCAAAUAUCUCUCAGCCUACUGGAAGUCCAAGUUCCAAAUCACUGCCCCAAGCUUGCGAAAGCGUGGCUACCUAUCGCCAUCAGUAUUGGAGGCCGAGAUCAAAGCUUGGAAAGAUGAUCCUAAUCACCCCGACACUUUUGGCGAACGCGUGGAAGACAUUGCUGCUUUCCGGGAAUGCGCAAAAAAGUGCCAAGGCAGUAGAGAUAUUGGAGAACAGCUUUUUACGGCCCUAAUCCGAGGAUUAGGUAUUGAGGCCCGAAUGGUGGUCAGCCUGCAGCCGGUUGGUUUUGGGUGGAGUCAGAAUGAAGAAGGUAAACCAAAGAACCUUAAGAAGUUGAACAACUCGAAGUCCGCCGAUAAUCAAAAUACGGAAAAAGAAACUCCAACUAGCAGCAAAGCUAAGAAACCCGCUACUGCAAAGAAGACGGAUGGAUCAGUCGAUGUCAGCAUGGAUGGCAGUAGCGACUUGAGUAGUGUCAUAUCUAUAUCCUCAGACUCCGAAGAUAACAGACCACCAAAGAGAUCACCGAGAGCACGCAAUUACGGUGAAGAGCUGCCAUACCCUACCUACUGGACAGAAGCCAUUUCACAUUUGACCCACACGCCUAUAUCAGUAUCUCCACUUCCUCGUACCAUUAUUGCAAGUGCUGCUUCUCCAGAUAAGCUUGUGGAUUUCUAUGCUCGUGGCGCAGCGGUUGACAAGGCGAAACAAAUCUUGGCCUAUUUGAUCGCUUUCUCUUCCGACGGCAGUGCAAAGGAUGUCACUACACGCUACCUACCCAAGCAUCAAUGGCCUGGUAGAACGAAGGGUUUCCGCAUGCCUGUGGAGAAGGUACCGAUCCAUAACAAACAUGGGAAAGUCAAGCGAUGGGAAGAGUGGGAUUGGUGUAAAUCGUUGAUGCGACCUUACACACGAGCUCACGAUAAACGCCAACCUUGGGACGAAGUGGAAGACGAGUGUGACCUCGUACCUGCACAAGCAGAAAGAAAGAAAGGCAUGGACGAAGAAGGUGGCAAGGAGACGCUACAGGGGUACAAGAACUCCACCGAAUAUGUACUGGAGCGUCAUCUACGACGAGAGGAAGCUCUCAGACGCGGUGCGAAGAUUGUCAGGUUCUUUAUCACUGGCAAGGGAGACAAUGAAAAGUCGGAACCGGUCUAUCGCCGCAAAGAUGUUGUAUUGUGCAAGACACAAGAAUCGUGGCACAAAGAGGGACGGGAAGUGCUGGAAGGUCAGCAACCGCUCAAGCUCGUGCCUAUGCGCGCCGUCACCGUUACUCGAAAACGUGAGAUUGAGGAGCGUGAACGCAUCGAAGGCGGCAAAGUGAAACAGGGUCUGUACUCCAAGGAACAGACCGAUUGGAUCAUUCCCGACCCCAUUGUCGAUGGCAAGAUUCCACGUAACGCAUUUGGGAAUAUCGAUGUAUACGUUCCAACAAUGGUUCCCAAAGGGGCUGUUCACGUGCCUCUCAAGGGUACCGCACGAAUAUGCCGUAAGCUCAACAUCGACUACGCAGAAGCGUGUACAGGUUUUGAGUUUGGUAAACAACGCGCUGUACCGGUAAUCACAGGUGUGGUGGUUGCAGCAGAGCACGAAGACAUGCUUAUAGAUGCUUGGGAAGCCGAAGAGGUGGAGAAGCAAAGAAAAGAAAGGGAGAAGAGGGAGAAGUUUCUGCUAGGACUUUGGAGGAGAUUUGCGUCCGGACUGAGGAUAGUAGAUAGAAUGAGGGAGGAGUAUGGGGAGGAUAUGGAGUUGCCUGUCAAAGAAGAGGUAUUGCCAUCGAAGGAUGAAGAGGAAAAACCCAAGACCGGACAGUCACAGUGGGAAGUGUUUGAGGCUCAGACUGAUUUUGAGGGGGGCUUUGUGCGAGAAGAUGUGGAACUCUCUGGUGGUGGCGGUUUUGUGCCGGACAAGGCACAUCAGACAGCCGGGCGUGACCUGGACAUGGCAGGCAGUUUCCUGCCCGCGAGCCAGGAAGAGGAUGUAGAGCUGACAAUCGAUCACGGAGAAAAGAAAGACGUGCGGGCGCCCGUCGUGGAGACUGCAUAUCGCACGCCCAUCUCACUUACUCAAGCGUUACAACGACCCCCGAGCGAGCCAAGCGAAAACCCGGAUGCCAAUGAAGCAACGAGUAUCGACCAAGACACAGAAGACGAGGGAAAACGGAAUGACGAGGAUGAAGAAUACGAGCAUUCAAAACUUGAAUCGGAUCAUCGAAAGUCGACAACUGCCACAUCAGGUGGUCGUGGUCGUGGCCGUCCUAGAGGACGUGGCACCAAGGCCCCGGCUCGCUUAACUCGUAAACCUAAUUCAACGGGAGAUGAAUUGUCCAAUGGAGCACUUUCCGAUGCGCCCUCAAACCCGCAAUCACCUCCACCCUCUAGGCGGUCAGCGCCAAGGCGCAAAGCGGCCAGAAAAAGCGAUGCGCACGUCAGGAGCCACUUUUUUGCAGAGGCAAGCGAAGACGAGACAGAUUUGACAGACAUGACGGAUCGAACCUCGCCAAAGAAGAAGUCGACGAGAGGGCGCGGAACGGGAAGGGGUAGAGGCAGGGGCAGAGGCAAAGCGGGGAAAGCCAAGUAAAUAUCGUAUCAGAUGUAUUUUCGAAAUGCAUUUGCACGCUCGACAGCACCAGGCGAGCUGGGCAAGGCCCUUGCUACUGACCAAUAGUGCACCGUGGUGGGGGAUACUAUUAUGAUGCUAUUAUGAUACUAGAGACAAAAAGAAACUUAUCGAUUC